AUAAUACCAAGCACAGAGCCACUAGAUUAGGCUGUGAGGGGAAGGGAUGCCUCUUCUUUCCCUUCAGUAGUGGGUGAAACCCAGCUGGCACCCUCUGGAACUAAAGGAACAAUAUUCUUCAAGAGAAGCCCAAUCUGCCGCAGCCAGAAGCAAAAUAUUCCCAGGAUCUCAACAAGGAGGGGCAGAAAAAGAUUGCUUCUGAUUCCUUGCAACCUUCCAUAAUUCCAGGCUCCCAGCCCCAAAUUCAGGACCCUGCCCCUCCAGGAGCAAAUCACUAUAGUAGUAACUUGCCUCCAUCCAACAUACACCAGCUAAACAUGUUUAACUACGAACGUCCAAAACACUUCAUCCAGUCCCAAAACCCAUGCGGCUCCAGACUGCAGCCUCCAGGACCGGAGGCGUCCAGCUUUUCUAGCCAGACCAAACAGUCUUCCAUCAUCAUCCAGCCCAGCCAAUGUACAGAGAAAAGAUUUUCUGCUUCCUCAACAGUGAGCUCGCACAUCACCAUGUCCUCCUCAGCUUUCCCUGCUUCUUCCCAGCAGCAAAGUGGCUCCAAUCCAGGCCACAGGGCUGCAGCAGCCACCUAUAACCAGUCCCCAGCCAGCUUCCUCAGCUCCGUACUGCCAUCACAGCCUGAUUACAGUAGCAGUAAAAUACCUCCCACUGCAGACUCCAACUAUCAACAACCCUCAGUUGGCCAACCUGUAAAUGCCAAGCCAUAUCAAACUGCAAAUUUUACUAAGUCCACACCAAGGACUCCUGACCAUGAAAUACAAGGAUCAAAAGAAGCUCUGAUUCAAGAUUUGGAAAGAAAGCUGAAAUGCAAGGACAGCCUUCUUCACAAUGGAAACCAACGGCUAACGUAUGAGGAGAAGAUGGCUCGCAGGUUGCUAGGACCACAGAACGCAGCUGCUGUAUUUCAAGCUCAAAAUGACAAUGAAGCACAAGACUCACCACAGGUAAACAAAAUGCAGCACAACUCAGAACACGCACGACUGCACGUUCCAACUGCACAAGUAAGGAGUAGAUCGUCUUCAAGGGGAGAUGUGAAUGAUCAGGAUGCAAUCCAGGAGAAAUUCUACCCCCCACGUUUCAUUCAAGUGCCAGAGAACAUGUCCAUUGAAGAAGGAAGAUUCUGCAGAAUGGACUUUAAAGUAAGUGGACUGCCAGCACCUGAUGUGUCAUGGUACCUAAACGGAAGACCAGUUCAAGCAGAUGAAUUUCACAAAAUGAUAGUGUCUGAGAAAGGGUUCCAUUCCCUCAUCUUUGAAGUGGUCACAACUCCAGAUGCAGGAGAUUAUGUAUGUGUUGCCAAGAAUAGAGCAGGAGAAGCCACCUUUACCGUGCAGCUGGAUGUCCUUGCAAAAGAACAUAGAAGAGCACCAAUGUUUAUCUACAAACCACAGAGCAAAAAAGUUUUCGAGGGAGAAUCGGUGAAACUAGAAUGCCAGAUCUCAGCUGUACCUCCACCAAAGCUUUUCUGGAAACGAAAUAAUGAAAUGGUACAAUUCAACACUGACCGAAUAAGCCUGUAUCAUGAUAACUCUGGAAGAAUUACUUUACUGAUAAAAGAUGUAAACAAGAAAGAUGCUGGGUGGUAUACUGUGUCUGCAGUUAAUGAAGCUGGAGUGACCACAUGCAACACAAGAUUAGAUGUUACAGUCCGUCCAAACCAAACAGUUCCAGCUCCUAAGCAGUUGCGAGUUCGACCAACUUUCAGCAAAUAUUUAGCACUCAACGGGAAAGGGCUGGAUGUGAAACAAGCUUUUAACCCCGAGGGAGAGUUUCAGCGGCUAGCAGCUGAAUCUGGACUCUAUGAAAGCGAUGAACUUUAAACACGUGACCAGCUUUGGGAAACCUAACAACAUUAAUAACAUAAGGAAAGCUUUGAAAUUAAAGCCAUAGCUGUAUUAACAGAUUACUGCUUUAAUUAGGUCAUAUAACUAAUAUAUAUUUAACAUCUUUUUCCUUUGAGUCUUGCACAUUCGGUAUACUUCUCUGGUUUGUAAAGCCUACAAAAAAAUCUGAGUGUAUGGGUUUGCAACUUUAGAAAACUAUCUUAAAAUGUGGGAUUUUAACAUUUAAAUCGUAUACAUCAGUACCAUCCAUGAGUUAUUAUCAGCCUUUUAAACAUGCUAACGCUUGUAAUACUGUAAGGUUUACUGGGACUGUUUCUAAAUCCUAUUUUGCCUGUUUUUGUAAUAGGAAUACUAACAUGGUAUAGAUCUGAGUGUUCCAUAGUUUUAUGUCAAAAGAAUAAAAUUUAAAGCAUUAAAAGAC